GAGAGCGGGGCCCGGCCGGGAAUGGGCCCGAGCGGGAAUGGGCCGGGAACAGCGGUGAGAGGGACAGGGACACGGGACAGGGACACGGCAACAGCGGGCUGGUGUGAACCAUCAGUGCAAAAUACAGGAUGAACUCUCCAAACAUGAAUUACAUUUCUGUCUCUUCCCCACACACUCACACCACGAAUAACAUCCACGUCCCUCCAAAAAUCCUGGUGCCGCCCGUUUUCCAACCUGCGAGCUGGGAAAUGGAAAGGAGCUCUGCCUCCAGUCUGGAGGAUUCCCAGGAAUCUGACUCCAAGAGCCUGGAAAAGGAGAGGCAAUACCAGCUGAGACUCGAGCAGAGCAUCCUGGACAAUCAGGAGCUGGAAGGGCAGGAUCCUGGUGACAUCCUGGAGGAUGACAGCUUGGAAGAGGACAGCUUGGAGGAGAUGAGUUCUGAAGAGAACGGAGCUGAGUAUGGCACAAUUAAGAAAGGAAAACAAAAGAUUUAUGGCAGUGGAAGGAAAAAGCUACCUGUGGACAAAUAUCCCAGCCUGAGGUACAAUUGGAAGAGCACAGGAAAUGGAGCAGAAUUUUUUAAGGAAGAGAAAGCAUCCCCAAUUUCUGGAGAAAGCAGUGGAGACUUUUCACUGGAUUCAUUUUAUCUCCAUUCUGAUGGCUCCUCAGAAAAUAAUCAACAGGAGGAAAAGACCCAGGAUUCACUGCCAGAGUCUGGUCCAGAAUUAUUCAGCUUUUAUGGAGCAAAUGUGGCCAGCAACAAAGCUGUUGGGCCGCAAGCCAAAAGGAAGGAACCUGCAGAUGGAUUUCAUCCCAAAAAUAAUCCUGGCCAUGCUUUUCCUCCUCAGAAUCAACAGAAUCCACCCCAAAGAGCAAAACACAACUUUGUGAAAAAAAAUAAACGGACUUUGGGGUUACAAUCAGAGAAAGUGAAUUCCUAUCUUGAGCUGCACAAUAAAAAACAGCAAGUUCUUCAAGGGCAGGUCACAGAUCCUAUGGCAGUUGAUGAAGAACCACUCCAGAGUGUCCCAGAAUUCCAGACUGGGAAAAUGAAGCCUGAAGACAAAUGGUACCCAAAAGGACAGCAGCUCAAGGAGCAGCACAAGUUCUUCCAGAGAAAUAAAACAGAACCCAACCAGACUCUGGGUGGAAAAUCUUUCCCAAGGAAUGAUGGCCAAGAAGCCCCAGGAAGAGCAGCAGAAGCAAAGUCCUGGCACCAGAGUCACCAGCAAAUCCCAGGAUUUCAGGCUGUUCCCACUGCAGUAGAGCAGGAUCACAGCUCAGCACUGCAGGAAUAUCUGAGUCCAAGUUCUUCUGUUGGCCCUGACCCAGCAGAAAAAUCCCAAAACCGCUUCAAUAAUUUCCCAAAUUCAAUCCUUUCCCCAUCUACCGAUCAUUUCCUCCCAAUAUUCCAGAAUUUUUACCCAUCAGACAUUUUAGAUCCAGAAUAUCCCAGUGAGAACAAGAACUACCAGCAUGACUCUCCAACUGGAAUUGGAGCCAUUGCCAUCCCUGGGCAGCAAUUUUCCAGGAAUUACAGCAGCAGUGGCCAGGCACUUCCAGAAUUGGGGAAUAUUUCAUCUGAUUUUAAUGCAAUUUUUCAAGAAAGAGUGAAGGAUCAAGCACCACUUCAAGCUUUCAAAAAUCACAUUCAUGAGGAUAACAGUUCACCAACGGCUUCUUGUAGAACCUCCCAUUUUAGAGGAACAAAGGAGCAGCAUCAGCCGGGAGUUUGUGGGUGUGCAGAUGAAUUUGCUGGCACGUGGCUCUGGGGUUUGUUCCCACCUGCCCUGCCCCAGGCACAGAGAGGGUCACAGGGAGAUUCAGGACGAGCUGAGGGAAAUCCAAGGAAAAUGAGAAGAAGCAGCUCAGAAGGAUCUCUGCUGCAAAGGGAAAAGCUAAACCAACCCAAAGCCAGCAAGAAGCUGUGCAGCUCCAAAUUCUACACCAAUCUGAAUAUGAAGCUUGGAGGCCUUGGACCCGACUAUGAAACAAUCAAAGAGAAAAAAGAAAAGCUAAAGCUGCAGAAGGAAUAUUCCAGGCAAAUUAAGGAAUAUAACAUGAAAAAUAUUACUGUGCUUCAGAGGUUGCCUGCAAAACCCCAGGUGUCUUCAGUGUCCAGACAGAAGGCUCUGGAAUAUGCCAAGAAGAUUCCAAGACCAAAGACUUUCUUUAGAAGGCAAUCAGAGCAAGAGGUGAAAGAGGUUCUGCCCCAGGCUCCAGGUGGAACCAGCCUGCCCCAAAUCCCAUCCCUGGAAUCUUUGUGGAACAGGCACGAGAGGGAAAAGGAACUUGUGGCUGCUUUCAAAGCCCUUCAUAUCUUAUAGGAAUUUGGGAAAUCUCAGGGAUCAAGGCAAAAAUGCCUGAAUUGUUUCAUUCUCAGCUGUGACCAUCACAUCUUGAUUUCCCAGUCCGCUGACAUUUAAACUGCCUUAAGUUUAAUUAAUUUUUAAAUGUUAGGAUUGGUUCUGCCUGUGCCUAUUUUGUUUAAUAAAUUGACCCUUUGCAUUUAUAGUGCUUUAAAUAUA